AUGACUGUUGGUACAACGGGAGAACUCCCAAGAGGGGACGAGAACUCAGACAAGUCUGGAGAUGGGGCACCGACUCAAGAGGAGUCAUGGCUGAUAGUGCCAGCAUUACUUACAGAUUACUGUAUACAUCUCACCUAUGAACAAAUAAUCCCGCCGAUACACAAGCAGGAUUUCCCAGGUCUCUCGUCCCUCUCUCGCAAGUCUCUCCCAAAAAGCUGUCAAUACGCGAAACCACAUUACCGACCAACUUACCGCGGCGUUUCUCGCUUCUAUUCCCCUCCUUCAUGCCCAAAGGUCGCCAAGCCCUCAUCCUCCCCCAUCUCCCAUCUCCCAUCGCCGCGCAAGGAUCUCUUCGGGCCGACUUCCCCUCCCGUGAACUCUCAAGGACGGGUUAACCCCAGAAGUUUGAUAGUUGGUUCAAACUUCAGAGAGGAGGGUCUGGCGGUGAAGCGAGAAAGGAGGGCAAAGGGGGCAAAGGGGCAAAAGCAGAGAAAAGGCAAAACUAACACACACUACUAUUUUUGGAGUUUCCGUACCCAGCUCGACCGUUUAUCAGUGGCUGUCCUUAAGCUCUUGGCCUUCCGGUACUAUCGCAGAUCUGGCGUUGAGAGCGAGCCCGUUCACGAUGGCAUUGUCCCACAGGAAGACACCGCCUGUUUGGGCCAGGUCGAAAGAGGCGAUUCGGUCAUGGCACAGAGAACAGAGACCUCUGUCAUAGCGCGGGGCUGA